GUUUGCGGUUGUUUUCUUUCUUCCCUCCAUUGCCUACCCGGGGGCGCCUCUGGACGCUCCACGGUCGCUGGCUUCUCUUCGUACGCUUCAUCUCGCUAUCGAAUGACCGGAAUUAUUAGUUAGUUGGACUGCUCCUAAUACCGGGUCCGGUUGUGCGUCGGAAGCUCCCGGAGUCGGGGAACCAUCACGCAGCGCAUAGUUUUAAGGGCAAGCUUUUCGAGUUGGCAAGCGUUCGGCCUCGUUAGGAAAGUGUGAUGCUCCAGGGUUUACUCCCAGUCCCAGGGCCAACCCCACUGGAAUGCAACGUGGUAUGUGCAAAGCGAAGCAAAGUGAACUCGAGUGUGCAAUCAAGUGUCACAAUCAGUGAAACCCUCGAGCGCAGGGGACACCCUACAAGUUAUGGAAUUCUCGUUGGGAGUCACGACGUGUGUAAAUAUAUCUGGUGACAACAAACACUGGUGAGCUUCAGUGUGCAUAAAACUAUCUCCUCCCUGGCUGACCGCCAUCUCAAGGGCCCGAACAAUUGGCGCAUCAACAACCCAAGCAUUGGUCAAGUGUUGGUAAAUGGUGGAGGCGGGGAGCGCAUAGUGGAAUGUUGUGAAUGACCCGCGUGUCCCCAAACGCAUUGAUUUAACGAAGGAAUGGUUUCAACACCGGAAAAGAACGAAGAAGACCCCACCAAUUUAAUGCUGCUGGGAGGAACCCCGUUGGUUGGAGGCGUUUCCAGCUGAAAUCGGCCACGGUACAAUUUGUGGUGUGGGGUGGCACAUUGCCAAAACUGGGAAAAUAAAAACACAACUCACAAGGGUGAUUGCCCAGCCCCGCAUUGGCCAUUUCUACAGCUUCCAGCGCGUGCUGCAGGUUUUAGAGCGGCAGCUAACGGUAAACGGCGCAAGAAAGGCCCAAAGACGUCUCAAAGAGGGAAAAGACGAACGAGAAAAAUAAAACAGUCAAUGCCGAAACAGAUGCGCGAACACACGAAAGCAGCAACGACGAAACACAAGAAGUUCUCCACGGCGCACGGCGGCGGAAAUGAGAAAUUGUGAUCUACUUAAUUUCGCUCGCCGGGCGACACACGAGUGAAAUGCUGCUGCCCCCCUUGGCCCUUUUCAUUUCUGGCUCUGCCUUCAGCUCCAGUUGGGGCGUUCGGCAGUAGAAACGGCAGCGACUCAGUACGCUAAGUUCCGGCCCGGUGAACGGAAGCUCGAAAACGAGCCAGAGUUCAAUUAUGUUUUAAAACGCUCGCGAAGGACCACAGAGCACCGAACAAGGGAAGGACCGGUUAUCAGUGUGUCCGUGGUGAAAAUACACCAAUUCGAACGUGCCCCGAGGAGGGUUUAUCGCGGUGAAGUUUUGCGAUCAUAGUCACCAUUUCGCAUCAUCAUCAUCAUCGCCGUCGUCGUUGGACGCCAUCAUAAACACACGGCAUGAAUUAAUAUGCAUACACUACGAAAGCACGUAGUAGUUUGAAUAUUAUUAUUAUUUUUUCGUUCGCGUUGUGCUUUCGGCGACCGCUUUGCGUCGAGACUGGCUUUAAAAUGUCAACCGCACAGGGUGGUUGAGCGAAACGUGGUGAAACGGGAGUGGACGUCCAGGCGUAGGCAGAGGGAGGGAGCCCCGUCGUGCCAUGUUUGGCCAUACCGAGUGAUGUCAUCCGAUGUGUGAAUUAGCAGCGCGAGUAGCAACGUAUCGUGUGGUUUACCUGUUCGGUGGAGUUUUGCUGGAGCUUUUGCAGUGCGAAGAGCGAGUGUGCUCAGUGUCGGUAAACUUUGUUUUCUAAUUGACCGUUAGCGGAGUGUGAAAAAAAAAUAGGAAAAGAGUUACCUCUUCCGGUGCACCAAUCUGGACAAUCCAUCAAACAAAAACAACAAAAUUGGUUCCUCCUUCGUACAUCAUCCGAUGGUGGAGGAAAGAUAGUGUGUUCGAUCGGUUCCAUCCAUCACGACGACCGGGUUGCAGAGAAGGGUUGCGAUUGUUGAUUGCCAACACCACACCGGUAGCAACCGGUGUUGCAAACACGAACAAAAACCAGCUGCUAACCUUCAAAAGUUUAGUCGGUACUUUGGCGAUGAGCAACGGAACCGAUCCGGAAGCGGCCGCAGGUUCCGACGAACGGGAAGCGGCGGCACCCAAGGGUUCGCCGACGGUGGAAUCGAACAACGGCGGUGGUGGCGGAGGCACCAACCGGGGACCGUACACAGGCGUCGGCCACUACCAGACCCACCAGCACCACCACCAUCAGAUCAUGUCCACCAGCGUCGAGGAGGUGGACGAGCAGCAGGUGCUUGUGGAGAGCGGUGGCGGUGGUGGUGAUGGUGGUACACAAAAGGUCAAGACAAAUCAUCUUUCGGCGCAGACGUAUAAAAAUUUGCAUGAAUUUUCGGAGGAAAUGCUGGAAACGGAAAAGGCUGGCCUGGUGGAGCGGGUGUACGAUCUCGAGCGGCAGGUACUGGAGCACAAGGAUGAAAUAGUCUGCCUCAAGUCCACGCUCGCGGACGUGCUGCGACGGCUGGCCACGAUAGAUAACGCGUACGAGCAUAGCACCAGCGGGAGCGGCCGGGGUGGAACGGGCACCGUCGCGGGCGGGGGAGCGUCAAAUGUUGCUACCCUCGCCGGACAGGGCAUGGUCGGUGAUAACGUCGGCACCGCGGUCAGUGGACAGAAUAGUUUAUCCAGCAAAAGUUUUCGCUUCUCCCGCAACACGCUCACGAGGCUGAACUCCAGUGUGGAAGAAAAACGAUUCGGGCGGGUACCGUCGCGCGUGACCAGCUCGCCGUCCCGGAUAAAGACAACCCUCGCCCAGAAGGCCAUCCACUACUCGAACGGAUCGCUGCACUCCGACUCGCUCAGCAGCCAUUCGAUCUCGCCGGCGCCCUCCCCGUCGCCGAAGCAACCGAACGCAUCCACCACUGCCCACCAUGCGCUACUGGCGUCGUCCGGCAUGGGCAAGCGGUGGUCCUCGACCGGCGACUUUGUCAGCACACCCGGCAGCCCGAGCGGUACCGGCAGCACCGGAAGCAUGUCUCGAUUUUCGGCAAAAUCGUUGCUCAACCUAAGCGGACACUCGAGUCGCCAGGGCAACUCGCAUCCAUACGUCCAGCGCAAGAACGACGACGACGAGUACGUGAAGCUGUACAUCAGCGGCCGUCCGAUCGUGAUACACAUACCCGAGGCCCAGCUACCCACGUACGACCUUACGAAGGUGCAGCCCGCGCCGAACCGGCGACUCCGGCUUGAUUGGGCGUACGGAUACCGGGGCAAGGAUUGCCGCUCGAACCUCUACCAGCUGCCGACCGGCGAGAUGGUGUACUUCGUCGCUGCCGUCGUCAUCCUGUAUAACAUGGACGAGCACACGCAGCGCCACUACCUUGGCCACACGGACGACGUCAAGAGUCUUGCGGUGCACCCGAACAAGCUGCUGGUAGCGAGCGGCCAGUGCGGCGGCACGGAAGGCCGCGAAUCGCUGCCCCACAUCCUCAUCUGGAACUCGGUUUCGCUGGCCACGCUCAACCAGAUCGGGUGCGGGGAGUUUACCGGUGCGAUCAACUGCCUGUCUUUUAGUCGCGCGGACAGCGGGAACAUUCUGGCUGCGAUCGACGACUCACCGGACAAGAUCAUCUCGAUCUGGGACUGGCAGAAGAAGGAGGGUGGCCGGAAAAUCACCGAAACGAAGUGCUCGGUCGACACGGUGGUGGCGGUCGAGUUCCACCCGCUCGACAAGGGACAGAUCAUCACCAUCGGGAAGAACCACAUCGCGUUCUGGUCGCUGGACCAGCACGGCAUGCUGUACAAGCGGAUGGGCGUGUUCGAGAGCUUCGAGAAACCGAAAUACGUGACGGCGAUCUCGUUCACCCAAACGGGUGACGUCGUGACGGGUGACUCGAGUGGCAAUCUGGCCGUUUGGAAGCGUGGCACCAACGUGAUCAGUCGCUUCCUCAAGAAGGUUCACGAGGGUCCGGUGUUUACGAUCUGUGCGCUGCGAAACGGUGGGUUUGUGACGGGCGGCAAGGACGGGUUGCUGUUGCUCUUCGACGAUGCACUGCACAUGAAGGCGGACCAGAUCGUGGAGGAGCACUUCGGGGCGGUGCGGGUUGUGGCCCAGGGCAAAGGCUCCCAGCUGUUGAUCGGUACGACAAAGAACUGUAUCCUAUCGGGAGACUUUACGCUCAGUCUGGUCCCGAUCGUCAUGGGCCAUACGGACAUCCUUUGGUCACUGGCAACGCACCCGCAGGUGGCACAGUUUGUGACCGGCGGCAAGGACCGGUUACUGCAGCUGUGGGACUCACUGUCGCAUUCGGUCGUAUGGAGCAAGGACAUCGGGGAACCGAUCCACUCGGUACAGAUCACCAACGGUGGCGAGGUGGUCGUGGUUGGAGGUGCGGUUGGCCGAUGGUCGGUGUUCGAUAUUGUCACGCGUGAACUGCUGGCCACGUACACUGACGGCCAGGACGUGAUACAGUGCAUGCAAUUCUCGCCCGACGGCAACCUGCUGGCGCUCGGUUCCAAAGACAACUGCAUCUACAUUUACCAGUGCACGAAGGUGCCGCACCGGUUCUCCAAGAUUGGCAAGUGCACGGGUCAUUCCAGCUUCAUAUCGCACCUGGAUUGGUCGAAGGAUAGUCAGGUGUUGCGGUCAAAUUCGGGCGACUACGAACUGCUCUAUUGGAAUCCAACACUCUGCCGGCAAAUAACGAGUCAAAGCAUGGUGAAAAAUCUCGAGUGGGCCACACAAAACUGCUCGGUGAGCUUCAAUACGAUCGGCAUCUGGCCGGAGAACUUCGACGGCACGGACAUUAACAGCGUGUGCAAGGACGGCGAGGAACAGUUCCUCGUCUGUGCCGACGAUUUCGGCAAAAUACGCCUUUUCUCCUUCCCCGCCUCACAGCCAAAGUCGCUAUCACACAGCUACCGGGGACACAGUAGUCACGUCACGGCGGUACAGUUUAUGCACGACGGCGUCCGGCUCCUAUCGGCCGGCGGGCUCGACACGAGCGUACUCCAAUGGAGGGUAGUUUAACCGUCCCGUGGCACUCGAUAAUGCACUCCAACAAAAAGAUUGGAUACCAAGCGUUGCAUUUUUGAAGUACACACAUUCGCAGGAACAAAGUUUAUUUUAUUUUAGCACCAGAUACUAACUUAUUAUUUUAUCACGAUUAAUGGAGCGUCCGAUUGCAUAUGAGGUGAACAAUAAAUUAAUCCUCCAAACAACAAACCGUUACGUAACAUGAA